AUGGCAGCCGCCGCGCGUGUACCAUUUCUCGAACAGCAGUACAACCAUGUCGCGCUACCCCGCAACGUGCCUGGCAAAGAGGACGGAAACCUGCAUCGUAUCGAAGAAGCCUUGCUGGAACGCAUGCUGGAUGCUGCUGCAAGACUCACACCUCAUGUCGCUACAGAUCUCGCUUCCCAUAUCCAAGGACUCCGGGCGACACUACUCGCAUGUCAAGUGCUCCAUGUGGGCGGGACUAUCGGCAAGGCGGCGCUGACUAGGGAGCUUCGCGAUUUGAGCCAUCACAAAAUGCUUGUGCUGCAUAUUGCACCUCAGAAUUGCGCUUUGCUAGUAUACCGUCAAGAACUGAAUCCUGGGGAGCACACAAUCGUGUUUGAAGCUUUCGAGACAUCCGCGACAGCUGACAAGGUGCUUGCUGCCAAAGGUGCGCUACAAUGGGACUUCCCUGGUUGCGCGGUAUCCGUACCGGCUUCGAAAUUUUACGAAGAGGCUUUCCAGGAAGCUCUUGCCACCUUCAUUGAGCAAGCCAGCAGCGAGCCAGUUACGAAAUUCGCUGCUAUCACCUGGAAGGCAGCCGCAACUAUACCAGAGAUCCGAGAUACCAGUGAUCCGGCUCUCAUAUCAGGCCUUUUGAUGACCAUACUAGAGGCCAAUGGCACUGCGGUCUCAGUACCAUGCUUACGAAAGCGUGUGCGCGACACCGUCGUCUUUGAUAAUGCUCGUACACCGUGGAGGAGAUCCGCUUUUUAUCUGGUCUUACGAGUAGCAGUUCAGCGCUACUUGUACUAUCACCUAGGUGCAGAGGUCGGCAGACUCUACUACAAGACACUGAUGUGUCUUCUGCAUGCACAGCUGCUGGAGAACAUCCUCAAGAGGAUACCUCUCGACGCGGUCUUCUCGUUUCGACAGAAGCUAGGUCGUCGCCUUGCUAAGCUUGCCUCUGAUGUCCAUGAAACCAACAGGUCGUCCACAGGCAGGUACGCUGAUCUUCUGCUCUCUUUCGAAAGCAGCUUCGAGACUACUCUAGUCACGACUGGAGGAUACCUAAAGCGAGUCUGGCGCACUCACAGGGAGUCACGGGAACGAUUCAUUCCAUUGUUACGCCAGUACGCCCUUCCACAUGAGUUCCACCUUCGCAUGAAGAACAGCGGCAGAUUCUUGAGGGGUGUUCUAUCUGCACGUCCAACUUAUCCAAGGUCUGAAGAGCAAACAUCUGACGAACGUUUACAAUCAUACCUCCAGUCGAAGACUUCUGUCAAGCCCUACAUGAAAGCUGUUUCCAGCCACAUCGCUUCUUCAAAGCUUGUCGAGGAUGUGAUCUUCCCCGCCAAACAAUCAACGCAACCUGAAGGUCUUCUUGCCAUACAGAUGAGUAGGGUAAUCCGGGACUACGUCGCCAGAAUUAGCACUAUGGACCUGGCGUAUCCCAACCAGAAGAGCCAGCAUCUCCUUCAUGUGAUGGAGCUUUGGGUUCUUAUGGACCAAGACGCGGUAGCUUGUUAUCCCUUGCUGAAAGAAUACCAUCCUGGGUUCGACGCUGAUAUCUUGGAUCCCAUUCAACUGCUUACACGGGAGGAAAUGAUACGCAGUAAAGAGGUGCGCAAGUACUUACACUCUCGUUAUCGCGCACGGUCGAAUGCCGAGUCCAAAACCAUUUUCGAUGAUCCCGCUGAUGACUGCUUCGCUGUACAGUACUACAACCGCGAAGACCCUCAGGGUGAGCUUCCAGUAAUCCGGGAAGAGAUCGAACAGGCAGCCGAGGUUGCGCGUGAUGCUAAGAGCGUCGAAUGGGAGAAGAAGAGUAAACAUCAUGCGCAAACCAUCAACAAGCGAAACGAAAAGGAGUGCAUCUAUGACACUUCUGUCGGCUGGGACGGCACGACACAAUCACGACAUCGGCGGCCCUGCGACUGGCAUGAUCUCCACAACGAGGCCAAGGCAUUUCGGAUUCAGAUUCAUGAGCAUCCGCUACCAAGCUACGAGCCGGCAGUCAAAGCAGCACUGUUUGAACUGCAAUGUCCCGAGGUGUUCGCUGCGUAUCGCGAUGCAACUUGGCUUCUACUGUCUAAACUGUGUAACCAAACGAUCGAGAAGCUCGAUAGAAUUUCGCUCAUCCGAGAGUACUCGCAGCUCCGUCAAUACGUCAACAACACCAGCUGUCAAGUGACUCUAGGCUCAUACAAAAAGGCCCAUCUAGAGUGUCAUUACGCGAGCUGGGGCUUUCCAAUCGGGUUGGAAGAGGUCAUUCGAACCUGCGGUCUCAAGCCCAAGUACUAUGACAGGCUCGGUGAGGUUUGGACUCACAAGUCCAAGAAAGCUUCCUUCUGGCAUCAUUUCCCUGUGAAAUGUCCUCUCAACUCGCCGCUGGUGUCUCUUGAGCUUGACUAUGCCAUGUGGCCAACAUCAAAUGAAGUCCAGGCAAGUCAAGCCAGGUGUCCCCAAGGUGUCGGUAUUCAUGAGUUCACGGCGCUUCAAGGUCUUCUGACCGGCACUCAUUCGAGAUGGCUCGAUCUUCUCAGAGAGAUGGGAUCGACUAAUCUUAAUUUCUCGUCAGAGUCCACCUGGGUUCUCGUUUUGCGUUUGGUGUUACAGCUGGGACCAAACACUGUAGCAGACUCUCUUUGCACAGACGUUCAUCGUGCGUUGUCCGACGAUGGCCUUUGCAGCAAGCUCCUGCAGCAGGUCCAAUACCGAUUAGAAGCGAUCCAGCGAAAUUGGCGCGAGCCUGUGCAGAUGGAACUAUUGAUCACGGUUCUGCUCAAAGUUACUUCCCUGACUCUAAGCACGACAGUCCGCAACGAAGGCAUUAGCCUUCUCCAAGAAGCCCGUAAGAUUACCGAUGGCUGGCGUAAAGAACUGCAACCCAUGGUGACAGAGGAUCCAAACGUAUUGCAAUCAGCUAUAUGGGCUUCCCUCUUGUGCAAGCGGACAAUGCACGUUGAUGAACCGCCAUGGUUAGACCCUGAAAGCCUUCGCAUGUAUCUUGAUGCUUCUAUCUCACUGCAGUACAACCUUGCUGGCAGCUUCGAUGCGAUGCCAUAUAAUAUGCGCAACGCCAUCGUGCAGGACAUAUUGUUCGCUUAUGAUUACCGCGAGGUUGUGAGCAGCGCUAUAUUGGCAACCCAAGAGACAUUUAGAGCAGCUCUAGAAGCGGUAUGGUACAUACCUGACGACUACAAACUCAACGAGGCCGGUUUCCAAGGCGUUCCUGGCGCUUGGUACCUUUCAUACACACUGCACUCACUUGCUGAGCAGCAUUCCUAUUUCGUACAUUACAAUUAUGUCUAUGGUACCUUACUCAUCAAUGGACAAGAGAUGGGAACACUUCCGCAGUCGUACCGUAUGGACAGAACCUACCAACACAUUCUCGGUACGAAGAAUCCGAUCGUUUACCCCUCUCCUCUACGAGGCAUGGAUUUCGCGUUAUCGGAGACCGUGCGUGGCCAUCGAAUCCAUCUCGGCUACCGCGACAAUCGCUUGAUCAUCCGAGCAGACCGGGGCGGCCAACUACUCGAAUUCAUUCCUAGGCAUGCCUUUGGGUUGGAAGGUCCUACGCCCGAUCUUCCUAGACCAUUAGUGGAAGACUGUUACCACUGGCUUCACGUCUACAGCGGGCACAUCGAGAUUCGCCAAAGCAGUCAAUGGGCAUCGAAGCUGAUGAAUUGGUGGAUACGCUGGCACCCCUCAGGCUUCUACCACGCUGUCCGGCGAUUCCAAGAGCCAGAGCAGACAACAUUGUUGGAUACGGGAAGUGAUCUAGUCAAGAGCGUCACUCGGAUCUUCUCUCACUUUGAGUUUCCAUCUCAGAUCCUAGUAUUCGCAUCAGUCGAUGGUAAAAUCUUUGUGGAUCUGAAGCGGAUGGAGUUGAGCUUUCACAUCAACCAGGAAGGCUUGUUACAGUCGCCAAGACUUGGUGGGAUCAUUCUGCAGAACCAAGAUGCGGGCACCUGGUAUGGGCUGAUGAAUAAGAUUGUUGUUCACUCCAUUGCCAAUCGUCGACAAAAGAGCAUAUUGGUACCUUGGGGAGGUAUCCGAGUCUCUAAAGACGGGCCUCAUGUGUCUGUUGACAUUGAGAUGGGGCAAGGUGUUUACCUCAAAUACGCCAUCAAUGAUGUUCUGGGACGUAUUGAUUGUGCGCCUGAACCACGUCUGCUCUACAUGAAAGCUCUACUGCACGCUUACACGUCCCACGCUAUUGCCGACCCACUGACGCGGCGGACCGGAACUGAGGAAGCCCUCUACCUUCUCCAGACAGGAACUUACCAGCCUUGGAACCCAUUACUGCCCGACGAGAUAGCCACAUUGCAUCGCAUCGCAGAGCUGUCGCCAAAGCGGGGUUACUAUCCGCCAAACGCUAGGUACAUGGAGACGGUACUGUGGGAGCCCAAAUGCACUAUCCAUAUGCAAGAUGAUCGGUAUGCUACUGUUGUUGCUACAAUACUGCGAAGAUCUGCCAACUUGUCUCGGUUUUUCCUCGACCGCGAGGUUCAAGAGAUCAUCAAAUUGGAACCGGACAUCACGCAUCUAGCUGCCAGGGCGGUUGGGAGGUCCAACCUCCAGAUAGGGAAGAAAAAUGGCAACCAGGACGUUCCCUAUAGCGCACGUGAUUCUCGUAGAGCUUCGCAGGAUCGCUUGAACGUGCUCGAGGUAUCAAAGUUGCUCCUCAACUGGGAGUCAACUUGCUCUUUGGACACUACACUGACUGCACUUCUCCACGAUGCUCCAGUUCUGGGCGGUUACGACAAGUACUACCGGAAAUGCCUGCUUACUGAUCACCUCGCUGUCGACAUCAAAGCCGAGUGGGGUGCGCUCGCUCAGAAAUCACUCCAGUGUAGUGUUGAGGACAGGUCCAGCCUAAUGUUUCUCCUCGGAACCAUCGCGUUCUCUUCGGAUGCAGACCUCAAUCUCUUACGUGUCCUCGUCUCUUUCGCAAUGAUACCGGAGAUACGCGCCAUAAAAGCCCCUAGCCACGCGGCGUACUUUCAUUUUCGAGCGGAUGGAGCUCCUCCCGCAUCUUACCUCAUCUCGUUGAUGGAGAGAGCACGAAUGCCGUUUUCCGAGACUGGCUUCAGGAAGCGCUCGCAGUUAGUCAAAGCUGAGAGCUUACAUGGUCCGAGUGUUGAUCGAGCCUGCGAAUUGUUGGCUGGCUCGAUCAUACAACAAUGGCCAGCCUCAGAUAUCGACUUGCGGAGAUUGGUUGCAAUUGACCCUACAUAUCUGAACGUUGACCAGGCUCUAGCCGAUGUGGCUUCAGAAUGGACCCGCCUUACACGCAAUCACGAAUUGUCGCUGUAUCUAGAGCAGGUGCAGGAAGUUCUCUCCCGUAUGACUACUCAUCAAACGAAGGCCAGCUUGGUCUUGAUUGCAAGCUCUGAUACAGAAUUAAUGCCAUCGUCGCUGUAUCCCGUACGAUCGAGGGAGUAUGACGACCAGUCACUCUCAGACUUGAUGAAGGCACGAGUAGUCACAAUCGAAGAACCCAGAACGACGGCGCCUCCUCACACUUCCUGGUCGUAUGCUGGAGCUUUGACUGCCAGGUCAGGUAACACUACACUUCAUUCUACCAAGAUGCACAACUUCGUGGGUGUCGCUCAAACGAAAAAGGCACCAUUGUAUCCUCGAGUAGCUCAUCCUCCGCCACAAGAGAUUGGAAUGCUUAGGGAUAUCGUUGCCAACUUCAAAGAUCCGUCUUCUUUCGUGCAGUGUAGAUAUGCGAAAGAGAUGGACGCAAGUAUUGAUGCUCUCCAAAAACAUGUUUUACAUGCGCGAGAUACGACUCAUAUCACAUUUCCUCAGGUCACCACAGCAGAUAUCUUGCCAGCCAAAGAUGUCAUGGCAGCGGCUGCCGAUCGCAUCCGUUGUUCACUUCAAGAUCCGCAAGCGAAGUGGCUGCGGAUGGCGGAUGCAUACCAUAAGUUGACAACGAUUGAGCUUCUGACGGAGCUUCGAACUACUGCAGGGACUGCUUUUGGCGCAGGCAUGAAAGAAGCACUUGUGGCUUUUGGGGUGGCUGUAAGCAAGCUCCAGCGGUUACUUCGUAUACAAGAUGCUCAGAAGAGGUGGAAGAAGCAGCAAGAGCGAGAUGAAUGGGCGAAUAAGGGGCAUGGAAAUUGGAGUCCCAUGACUUUUCCGGACUGGCUAUUGCUGGAGAUUGACGGCGAUAUCCUUCUCCGAGAUGAGCAGGUACAAGUCGCUCUAGCGACAGUCUCGCCGCAGACGAAUGAGAACUCGGUCCUGCAACUCUUGAUGGGUAAAGGAAAGACGUCUUGUAUACUCCCUAUGGUAGCAGCUCUCCUUGCUGACCAAGCCAACCUCGCUCGCGUUGUGGUACCGAGAGCUCUUCUACUACAGUCAGCGCAAGUAAUGCAAGCCAAACUUGGUGGCUUGGUCGAUCGCGAAUUGAUGCAUAUACCUUUCUCUCGAAAGACUUCUCCUGCCAAAGCCUUGAUGAGUCUUUACAGAAAGUUGCACGAACGCUUGAAGGCUCGCCGUGGUAUACUUAUCGCAUUACCGGAGCAUAUUCUCUCGUUUAAGCUGAGUGGACUACAACAGCUUUGUGACGAGAAACUCGAAACGGCUUCCAUAAUGAUCGAAACACAGCGUUGGUUGGAUGAACAUACUCGCGAUGUUCUAGAUGAAUGCGACGUAUCCUUAGCGAUCAGGACUCAACUCAUCUAUCCAUCUGGCACUCAGGCGACAGUGGAUGGUCAUCCAAUGCGGUGGCAGGUAACCCAGGCUGUACUCCACCUAGUCAAGGACUUCUCUUCAAGUGUCCAAUCACGCUACCCUCGUAGCAUUGAAGUGGUCAACCGUGGGUCCGCUGGCUUCCCUCUUCUUUACUUCUUGCGCAAAGAUGCCGAGGAUUAUCUGAUCGAGCUCUUAGUCAAGAUCAUCUGCAAGGGACAGACUCCGUUGAUACUUCCUUGCGCCGAAUACCCAGCCGCUCUCAUGAAAGAUGUACAGGGCUACAUCUCGAAACCAGCCGUGCGCAGCCAAACCAUAUCCAAGAUCACUAGCUUCUUUCGGGACAAACCAACUUUGAUGCGCGCUGUGAACUUGCUCCGCGGCAUGUUCGUGCAUCGUAUCCUGAUAACAACCCUUAAGAAGCGCUGGAACGUACAGUAUGGACUACAUCCGACACGAGUACCGAUAGCAGUUCCGUAUUUAGCGAAGGGCGUGCCUUCUCCUACGGCCGAGUGGGGCCACCCCGAUGUCGCUAUCACCUUGACAUGCUUGUCAUUCUACUAUCAGGGUCUCAGCGUCCAUCAGUUCAAAGAAGCCUUUGCUCAUCUAGUUAAGACCGACGAGCCGAGCAUCCAGUACGAAAAGUGGUUCCCAAAGGGGAUCGACAUCCCGAAAGAACUAGACGAUUAUGCGGCAAUCAAUGCCGAGGAUAUGCGGCAAUUAGGCGAACUUUACCAAGUCGUACGCUAUAGUGCCUCCCUCAUGGACUUCUACUUGAACAACUUUGUGUUCCCAAAGUAUGCAAAGACUUUCAGCCUCAAGCUUCAGGCAUCGGGUUGGAACCUUUUUCCGUCCUGUCAAGACAACAAAGGACCCCGUGUUACUGGUUUCUCUGGUACGAAUGAUUCCAGGCAUCAACUUCCUCUACUAGUGCAACAGCAGGAUCUUCCUCAGUUAGCGCAUACAAAUGCAGAAGUGCCAUACUAUCUACUAGCACCUCGCAACCAGUCAUAUGUGCGUAUGACCUUCGCGAACGGAGCACGUUGGACUGAGACAGACAUGAUCAACAACCUCGCGAGUAACUACAUGCAUAUACCAAAUAACGGCCAUUACUCAAACGGAUCCGGUCAAGGUGGUCGGGUCAGGAUCCUGAUCGAUGCAGGUGCGCAAGUGCUUGAGCACUCGAAUAAAGACUUCGCCAAAGCUUGGCUAGAUGCGGACCAUGAAGCUGCAGCGGCUGUGUACUUCGACAACGAUCAUCGAGUAUGGGUGUUGUACCGUACGGGUAGACGUAUACCACUAGUAGCAUCUCCAUUUGUUGACGAUCUGGAUCGAUGUGUCGUAUACUUAGACGAGAGUCAUUGUAGAGGAACUGACAUCAAGUUCCCACCAAACGCGAAGGCCGCCUUGACUCUUGGACAGCAUCUGACGAAGGAUACCCUGGUACAAGCCGCCAUGCGAUUACGACUUCUUGGCCAGACCCAAUCGGUCACCUUUUUCUCGCCCGUUGAGGUUCACCAGGGUAUACUGGAUCGAUUACCCAAGGGGACUAGAGUCCACCACCAGCCAACAUCAGGUGACGUGCUUCGCUGGGUGUUCGGUCAGACUUGUGAGACUAUGGAACAGCUAGAACCGUCUUAUUUCGCUCAAACCUUGCAGUACUUGCAGCAAGAGCAAGCCCGAUCAGAGCAUCCCGAGUAUCUGCAGGACUUGCCAUCACGAGAAGCUUUCCUCGCCACUGUUCGCAUCAAAGAAGCUCUUUCUUUGAAACAGCUCUAUGAGCCAAGGGGCGAGCUCCAUCGGCGUGCUGUUGCUAACACAGCCAUCAUCUCAUGGAAACCUGCACUACACAGCAUCUACACUGAACUUGUGAAUCGCAAGAAACGUUUCCAGGACCGAGGUUCUGCUGUCCAUGCAUCAGCACUAGAAGAGGUGGAAAUUGAGCAAGAGCGCGAGGCCGAGCGUGAGGUGGAGAUCGAAGUUGAAAACGUUCGCGAAGUUCAACAAGCACUGCUGUUCAAAGCCCACAAGGUCAAAACGCUGCACGAAGACAUCAAGCAUUUCGCAGCGUUUGGACGUCUCGUUCCAGGAAGCGAUGCUUACCAGCCGAUGUUUUCGGUGCUAGGACAAACGACUUCGCUGGGCCGCAAGCAUACGGUGAACUCAUCGAUGAAGUCAGGCUUGCGGAUCUCAGCUGAGUAUUCUCGCACGAUCGAAGUCUACGAGCCCAACGACAACUACGUCCGUUCUUCUCAUUGGCUUCUUUGGAGUACAAUCGGUCAACAAGCGCUGCUCGUCAGCCCAGAAGAAGCCGAUCAGCUCAUACCGGCCAUGCAAGAGCAGCAGCAAACAUCGUUGAAUGAUGGAAGCGUUCACCUCAUCAUCUACGCUGCCCCUGUCACCCGAAGGAUGCUCCAUUUCAACCAGCUAGACUAUUACGCGAUACCGGCUUUACCCACAGACUUCAAGGCACCUGUCUGGCUUCGUGUCGAGAUGGGCCUCUUCGCUGGGCGGCUCUACCUGGAAUGGGACGAGUACUAUCAACUGCUUGAAUACCUUGGUCUUGAUGAGAACCUAUCUCAGCAUCGCGAGAAGAAUACAUUCGCAAAGAAGCCUCUCACCUUCGUACACGAGUGGCUUGCCCUUCGCCGCAAAGGUCAGGACUUCGAGCACACUCCCAUGGGCUUUGUUACUACUGGUAAGCCGCUUACGGAGAAUCAUCCAUUCUUCCGCAAACUCGCACACGGAGAUGAUCCUGCUCUACGUCAGCAUGUUGCCCGUGCCGCACCCGGCCAGCUCGAUUCUAUGGAAGAGGAGGAGGACCAUGAUGAUCAUGAUGAUGAGGAGUUUGUUCCCGCUGUUCAGCAUGUCGACGACUCGGAGGGCGAGGACGAAGGCUUUGAAUCUAGCGAUGAGGAGGCAUUCGUUGAUGCAGAGGAUGGAGAGUGA